GAGGCCCCGGCGCAACGCCCAGCGGCCUGCUUCCCAAAGAAAACCAACGGCUUGUCCUCUCCUUGCUCCUGUUCUCACUCUCACUACCUUGCUGCACUCCUCGCCUCAUCCGCCUCUCCUUCCCCCUCCUCCUCAUUCCUCUGCGGCACCAGCUUCACUCUUUCAGCUGCGCGCACGCAUCCAUUCUUUCCGGUCUUUCUAGCCCCACGCUCCCUGCUGCCACUGAUCUUUUGCUCAUGAUAAGCUAAUUCGCUCCUUGACUGCUACUACCGAAGAAGACCGCGUCAUCUGUCAAGGUUUCGAAAGGACCGCAUUUUAACGACCGCAUACAUACGUACAUUCCCACCACGCACUAUGAAAACCAUCCAACUCCUCGUUGUGCGCAAUGACAAAAAGGACUCUCUCGACCCUACAAUGGUCAGCCUUCUAGUUUCCCUGUUAGUCCUCGUCGUUCUUGGGCUCGGCCUAAUUGGAGCCCUCAUCUUCCUCCGAAACGUGCGUAAAGCGAAGAAGGAAGCCGAACUUCCAUUGUACGAAAAGAGACAGUCAAAAGUCUCAAACCACCGCCGAUUGACAAUUACUGCGACCCCCUUCGGCAAGGGACGCCAAUCCAUCUACGUCUGCCAGGAGAAGCAAGACCUGAUGGCGAACUCCUCCAGCCCUCCACCCAGCCCGGUCCCCGAAAUCCGCAUCACGUUCCCCGAUGAGGUUGAUGAGACGGGCAAGCGGCAGUCUGGCAGAGUUGUCGUCGUUCGCGUUGGAGAACACAGCGUUGGGUUGGAACCAUUGAAUGAGGAUCUUCCGCCAUACCAACGCGAUUCAUCGGACCGCUUCGAUUCAUUGGAUCUUGACCGAAUUGGUGGACUCAAAGAGAAGAAUGAGAAGGAUUACUCGUAACUCUCAAGCUCUCGAGGCUAAAACCCCUUUAUCCAGCCGGCUAUCCAGCCAAAUCUGCCCAACGAACAAUACCCCUAAAACUCUUUUCGCAUCUACGCCGCUUGGCUACGACUCUUUUACCUUGAUGAACGCUUUGUUGUGCUACAUAUCAGAUUCUGGCACUUUCCUUCUCGCCCGCCGCCAUCGCCGAUUGACAGCCCUCGUCUAUGGUACGGGUAUGAGGCUUAGGCCUAAUUGUAUAUUUCUAGGAGAUAUGGAGCUAGCUCACCUCACCUUCCGUCGUGGUGUAUCAUCCAUCUCCACUGAGGUUAUGUCCUCUUACAUAGCUUUUAUUCUCUAAUGUAUGAUAAAUCCCUCUAACUAGUCUGCUUAAGUGCGGCCAGGGAGUAAAUACAAAACCCCUUUUCAAAC